AUGUUCUCCACCUUGGUGCAGGUGUCGCUGGUGUUUGUUCCAAGCCUGGUGAUAUGCCAGCUCUUGUUGAACUACUUCACUCCCGGACUGGGAAAAAUCCCUGGGCCGUUUCUGGCACGAUUCACCGACGUAUGGCGCUUUGUCGACGCGUGUCGAGGGCAUCGUGAACAAACGAUUUUGCGAUUACACAAAAAGUACGGCCCAGUCGUGCGAUUAGGUCCCAAUUGCGUAUCUGUGGCGGAUCCGGAGGCUCUCGACUUGAUCCUGGGACUGAAAAGUAAUCUGGAUAAGAGCGACCAUGUCAAGCCCAUGCAGAAUCCAGUUGAGGGUGAAGUUCUUCCCAUGCUCAUCGCCGCGAUUGAUUCAAAAGUCCAUGCCCAGCGGAGACGACCAAUUGCUGGAGCCUUUUCCAUGAGCACGCUCCUCGGUUACGAAAAUAUUGUGGACGAAAACAUUAAUAGGCUUACCCGUCGGCUGAGAGAAGAGUACGUCGAAGGUGACACUAAGCGGAUAUGCUCCAUCGACAAGUGGAUGCACUGGUUCUCCUUCGAUCUCAUCGGACAGGCCACUUUCAGCAAGCGAUUUGGAUUUCUCGAUGCCGCAAAGGACAUCAACAAUAUGAUGUUCACUUUGGAUAUGCAAUUCAUAUAUAUUGGCACCGUCGGAUUCAUGCCGUGGAUUGACUACUUCCUCCUAAAGAACCCUUUGCUAUUGGCACUGGUUAAGACCCCAAACUAUCUAGUUUCAUUCACGAAUGAGCGAAUUCGAAAGCGGGCCAGUGGGGAGGAAAAGGGUGACUUGGAAAGACCGGACUUUCUUUCAAGGUUCCUGGACGCACAGCAGCAACAUCCAGACGUGGUCUCGGACUUGCAGGUGAAAGCCUACGCGAGUACCAAUGUGCUUGCGGCGUCCGACACGACAGGAGCUGCUCUGUCGGCUAUUCUGAUGUUCGUACUACAGCAACCCACGGUGAUGAGCAAGCUGCAGAAGGAACUUGACGACAACGCCCUGACAUACCCACCCCGGUAUAGUGAGGUAAAAAAACUGGCCUACCUCGACGCGGUCAUCAUGGAAGCGCUUCGUAUCCAUCCCACUGUUGCAGUUGAAUUGGAGCGUAAAGUGGGUGCUGGCGGUCUGGUGCUCUCUACCGGGGAGGAAUUACCGCCAGGUACUAUUGUGGGAGUGAAUGCAUGGCCCGUCCAUCGUAACCAGGAUGUUUUUGGCAAGGAUGCUGAUACAUUCAAUCCGGAGCGCUGGCUGCGAGGGGCCGACGAACCUGAGGCGGAGUUUGGUGAGAGGCUUCGCGGCAUGCAGAGGAAGUUCAUCGAGUUCGGCUAUGGACCACGAGCUUGUAUAGGCAAGCACAUUGCUUUGCUUGAAUUGUACAAAUCAAUAUCAACGCUAUUUGGGCUCUUUGAGUUGAGUUUGGCCGAACCAAAUCGGCCCGUUAAGGUCCACGCUUUACUUUCGGCUAAGAUUAUCGACCUGAACAUCUACAUUCAGGAAAGGGAUAGACCAGUCCCAGUGCUAGCUGCUGCUUAG